AUGUUGCAGGAAAUUGGGGAUUGGGACAUCAAUGAAAACCGGUUUUUAAACAGGUUUCCUGGUUUUUUCGCAUGUCAUUUAUGGCCCACAAUCCUUUUCGCACCCUCUGGUAUAAAGCUAUGUGAUGUCAUCAAUUCAUCGUCAUUUGCGAUUGACUUGCUUUGUGCACAGAUUCGUACUACUAAAAAAAGUGAAAAUUACUUCAUUAGCGAACUAAAAUAUAUUGCAAUGGAUAAUGUUCAAUUAAACGACAUCUUUCUUUACGAAGAAACUUCAUUAAAAGUUGUUGAACAACUUGUGGCCACUGGUCAUUACGGAUCAGCGAAGAAUAUGGAAGAAAUUUUGGACAUUGCAAAAAAAAGGGCCUCUAUUGCAAAACGUCGUAUUGAACUACUCGAAAGAUCAUUUUACGACCAGAGUGCAGAAGUUGAAUAUUUAGCAUUAUGCUGUGAAGACUUUGGCGUUGGAACAACUGUUGACGAAAGUUCAGUUAAAGUUGAACAAAAUGAAGCAACAGCAGUCAACAAGUCCAUUGAAGAAACCACGGCUGUCAUUCAACAUCAAGUGACUGAAAACGCCAUUUCAAUCGUGUAUGAUGAAAUAGUUGCGGAAUUUGUUGAUGAAAUAGUUGCGGAAGUUGUUGAUGAAAUGGUAAAGCAGGUUGAGUUGGUCAAUAUUGCAUUGAAGGACUUUGCUGAGAACUCGGUUGUGCUUGGUGAUGAUGAUGAUGAUGAGCCAGAUCAACUUACUGUUGGUGGUGGAGACAUUCAAACACAAACAGUUGAUGGUGGUGAGCAGAUUUUCCAAGCUCAGCAUCCUGUUGAUGAUGGUAAAAUCACCAAAGACUUAUUUAUUCAAGUUGUUUGUGAAAUCAAAAGACGUAUCUACUCUAGCUGUUGGUGAAAUCACUGAAGACUUACCUACUCAAGUUGUUUGUGAAAUCACCAAAGACUUACCUACUCAAGCUGAUGGUGAUAUCACCGAAGACUUACCUACUCAAGUUGAUGUUGAAAUCACCAAAGACUUACCUACUCAAGUUGUUGGUGAAAUCACCAAAGACUUACCUACUCAAGUUGAUGUUGAAAU